AGACAUUUCCCCCCCUUCUCUCUCUCCGAUUUCUCGCCGGCUGUCAUCUGAAUCUCUGAUCGUCAUCAUUCAUGUCUAUCUCCUCGCCGGAGGCGCCUCCGCCGCACAUAUACAUACACACGUCCAAAAUGUAUGUGGAUAUAUCACAUAUAUAUGUAUGUGUAUAUGUAUACUCCACCGGCUAGGUUUUUGUCUGCGUGCAUUUAUUGAUGUCUGAGGUAUACAAUCAAUGUGUAUUUGAUGUUUCGUGAGCAUUAAAUUGAAAUCCUCACGCACAAACAGUGAUUCGCUCCUAGAGAUGGUAGAAGUACGAGGCGGCCGGGAUUGCUCGGUCGCUGUCGCCAUUUAGACACGGAAAAUAUAAAAAAAUCAAUGCAAACAUCUGGAUGAUCUUAAUUGCGUUGAAGAAUUAAAUGCUGCGUUGCAUUAUAAUGGCUUGCAAUUCCUAUGAACUAUGCAUUUAACGCGGAAAGCUUUUUUCUGCUAAUACUACUCCUGCUCUGCAGCGUCUGCUGCUAUCUUUAAUGGGAUAUUCUUGUGUAUAUUGAACAUAAAUGUUUAAGGAUUAACAUUUGAACAUGUACAGUUAUACAUGUGUUGUGUGAUAUCUUAAAAGCAAGGGUCCUAUAAUGGCCUGGAUCUUUAUCUUGGGAAUUGUACACAUUAGAUUGAUCAAUGCUAAAUUUCAACUUUGAAUUGAGCUGAUCCUUUCCCAGUGUGUGUUUGUAAGGCCAGGCACAUGGGAAAAAGAACAUAAGAUAAGUUGGCAUAUGAAGGCAUGAAGCUAUUAGGUAGGUUGCUUUUACUGCAGUGAAUGGUGGGCAGGAUCACAAUAAUAACAAGAUGAGGAUGCUGUAAGGUGAAUGUGUGAGAAUACAAGGGUCAUAUUAAAGAUGAAUGCAUUUGAAGAAAGGUGCAAGUGGCACCAAUCUGAAAGAUAUAAACUCAGAGCUAAGAGAUUAAGAUGCUUGGACAUGCUUAGUCUAGGUAUAUAGAUGCCCUGGUUAUAAGGAGUGAUAGCAUGGCAUUCAUAGGGUUUAGGCAAGAGGAGGUAGACCAAAACAUAAUUGGAUGGAGAUAGAUGUUAAUUUUAAGGAAGUCAUGCUGAUUUCCAGGGUAAAGACUGCAUUAGCAUUAAACAGAGCUGAGAGGAGAAAUAGAAUAUAUACAAAUUACCAUAACUAGAUUGGGAUUAAGGCUAGUCGGGUACAAAUAUCAAAGUGCAAGAGAAGUAUUUCAUGUAUUUUAUACAUUCACUUAUUCUGAGACAUGUGUAUUGACCCAUCAUAUCGUGGCAAUAAAUGCUUAUCCUGCAUAUGAAUUGCCGGUCAUAUUUCUGUUGCUAUGUUAUCUACUAGAAAGUAGGAGUGGUACUAUUUCCAUAUGACAUGUCAAUUAAACUGUUUUCCCUGUCUCUCUUGCUCUCUCUCUCACUGUUCCUUCAAAGACUACUUUUAAAGCUUAGAGCUUGGUCCUCACUUGAUCACUAAUUCACUAUAGAAAAGUAAAUUUAAAGAUCUAGAGAGAGAAAGAGAAAGAGGGGGAAGGGAGACUAGAAAUGGGGAGAGCACCCUGCUGUGACAAGAAGGGGCUAAAGAAAGGGCCAUGGACUCCUGAAGAAGAUGAAAAGCUUACUGAAUACAUCAAGAAAAAUGGGCAUGGUAGCUGGCGCUCCCUUCCCAAGUUUGCAGGUCUUCUUCGCUGUGGGAAAAGCUGCCGUCUCCGAUGGACAAACUAUCUCAGGCCUGACAUAAAAAGAGGUCCAUUUAGCCCUGAGGAAGAGGAGCUUGUUGUACAGUUACAUGGCCUUCUGGGAAACAGGUGGGCUGCAAUUGCCUCCCAGUUACCUGGAAGGACUGACAACGAGAUCAAGAACUUAUGGAAUACCCACCUGAAGAAGCGCAUGAUUUCCAUGCGCAUUGAUCCUCAGACUCACAAGCCCUCCUCUGAUGCUAAUGGACUGAUGUGGACAAUGCCCACGACCCCCUCUGCCCGCCACAUGGCACAAUGGGAAAGUGCUAGGCUCGAAGCUGAGGCUCGUCUUUCAAGGGAAUCGCUACAUUUGGUUCCAUCACCAACAACAGUGGGAUCUGAAACCGACUUCUUCCUGCGCAUGUGGAAUUCUGAGAUAGGAGAAUCAUUCCGGAAGCUCAAGAAAGGGGAGAAAGCCGAUUGUCAAAGUCCAACCUCCGAAACAUCUUCAUCUAUGAAAUGCGGGUCAGCUUCAGGAACAACAGAAGUGGAUCCUACCCUGACUGUUCACUCAGCUGCUGACUGCAACCCGAAUAAAGAUCCAGAACAGAAGAGCUGCAAAUCUUAUAUUGAAUACCCCCUUUCAGAAAUGUCUUGCACCGACGAGUUGGAUGAUUCAUCCGAAUCAGCUUUACAGCUUCUCUUGGAUUUCCCUACCCACAAUGACAUGAGCUUCUUAGAACACACUGAUGCCUACACCAUACACCCCACACCCUUCUCACCAAAAAUUCUCUGAACUUCUCGUCUGCAGAAAACAGUUUCCUCCCUGUAAUGAAAGAGACGACCUAAACUCCAGCUGGUUGUGUUUUAGCAGAUCCAGCUUGCACCAACUUUCUUGUGCAUCUAUUCUAUUAGUAUUGGUAGAGCAAGAUGGCGUUUGUCUAAAUUCACCUAAACUUGUAUUCCAUUCAUUUCUUAUGUUGUCCUGAUUAUACACUUCUAGUUUGUUUCCAUAUUGACCGCAUUUCUGUUUCUUA